AUGUGUGGAUGCUUCCGUCAAAACUCAACUUGACCGUCAAUACAAUUGGUUGCUAUAUCGGGGAGUAAUAUACCUCUAAAAUCAGCAUACAUCGGUUUUACGCUACAGAUUACCAGCUGAAUUGCAACUAGUUUUGGUGGGGCUGUCUCUUUGCUAAGAAACGUGGUUGCGUCAGCACUCGACCAUAGUGAACCAACUUGAUUGUGACGAAUCUGGGGCAAAUGUUUUUGAGGGGUUGGUUGCGAAAGGGCGGUCCUGCAGAGCUACCCCCACUUUCAAAAUUGGAUGGAGAGGUAGCGAAAGAUGAUCCGAUGGACGCAGAGGUGGAUGAACGGCGGCUCAGCGCUACCGACUCAGCUUUUGGUGUUGAAGAGAUUAUCAGAAUUGAUUUCUUAACAGCCCUUCCGUACGAGCUAGCGGUUAAUGUUGUUAUGGAAGUCAACGAUUUUUAUACCGUGGAAUCAAUCGCAAUGGUUUCUAAACGAUGGCGAAAGCUUGCCACCGAUAAAGAAGUGUGGAAAAAGUUAUAUUUCGGUCAAUGGGGCUCCAGGACACCUGAGUCGACAUUAAAAAAACUACGCCAUGCGAAUCGAGAUUGGAAGCGACUGCAUUUCCAACGGCAGCUAUUGGAGCGGAACUGGAGCAAGGGGAUCGUAACAGCAAAAUAUCUAAGUGGCCAUCAUGAUGCUGUCUACUGCAUUCAGUUCGAUCAUAAUCAGAUAAUAUCAGGCUCCAGAGACCGAACGAUAAAGUUUUGGGACUUAGAAUCACGUAAAUGUACCCAGACACUCGAAGGUCAUAAAGGGUCCGUUCUCUGUCUCCAGUACGACUUGCGAUAUAUUGUGACAGGGUCAUCGGAUACAACCAUCAUUAUUUGGGACUAUGAAACCAAAAAGAAGCUUCGUACCUUGGAAGGCCAUACCGCUCCGGUUCUUGAUGUUCGCUUCAAGGACAACAUUGUCGUCAGCUGUUCAAAAGAUUGCACCAUAAAGAUCUGGGACAUCUCCAAUGGCCGUCUUCGAAGGACCCUACAGGGUCAUCAUGCAGCAGUCAAUGCGAUUCAUCUUCACCAAAAUUACGUUGCAUCAGCUUCCGGAGAUUGCAUCAUUAAACUGUGGGACAUUGAUACCGGAAGAUGUAUACGUGACUUUGCUGGCCACGCCCGGGGUUUAGCAUGUGUCCAGUUUGAUGGAGAAUAUCUUGUGAGCGGCUCAAAUGAUAAAACAAUACGCAUAUGGAACGCCCGCACUGGGGAAUGUCUGCGUACAUUGACAGGGCAUGAGGAUCUCGUUCGAACACUGUGUUUUGACAGAAGACGAAUCGUUUCGGGCUCGUAUGAUCAGACGAUCAAAGUCUGGGACUUUCGAACGGGGGAUCCGCUAAUGACGCUGAAAGGAGCUCAUAGUAGCUGGGUCUUCCAUGUGCAGAUGGAUGCGGCGAAAAUCAUCAGUGCAAGCCAGGACAAGAAGAUUGUGAUAUGGGAUUUUACCAAUAAGGUAGAGAACGUUAUGGACUUCAUAUAGCAGGGAAGUAGUCAUGUUAUUCAGCAUUUGCUCCCAUCCGAAAUAUCCGGUGGUGUCAUGUAGUUACAAUUACGAAAGGCAUAAAAUAUUUCCAAAUGCUACUGCCUGGAGUUUUUACUCCCAUCCAUACCCAUGCCCAAAUAUCUCCCAAUAAUCUUAUCUUCUAGUACAUAGUCUGCUCCAGUAGUGUU